AUGGCAGCGGCUCCAGGUCCCAAUGCAGAGCUGAUCAAAGCAGCCGAUGAGUUCGCGGCGGCGGUGAAGAACUUUGAUGGGGAUGCGAUGGCCCAGAUGAAGUUGUUGAAGGAGGCUGAUAGAUUGAGAUUCUUGCUCGAAUCGCCGUUUGAUAGGAUGAUGAAGCAGUGGGAAAGUACUUCUGUGAUUUCUGCGCUGCAUUUGUUGGUUGAGACGGGAGCUCUAGAGAAGAUGCCUCAAGAGGGUUCAGUGACGCCAAAAGAAAUUGCUGCAUUGAUAAAUAUUGAAGAGUCAGCUAUUGCUAGAGCAUUGAGACUCUGUGUUAUGGAAGGUGUUGCGGUUGAGACUGCGCCGAGUACAUUUGCGCAUAAUGCGAAAUCAUUGGCAUAUGCCACUCCAGGCAUGAGAGAGUUCUUCCGGAUCACCAUCGAACAACUAAAAGCCUACGUCAAACUUCCCGAUUACUUCAAAUCUCACACCCAAGAAGAUCUCUUCGAUCUCAAGAAGUCUCCCUUUGCAUGGGCAUUCGGUCUCGAAGGACUAACCUACUACGAAGCCAUCUCCCACAAUCCCGAUCGCUUCAACAUGUUCAACCAAACCAUGACGCAAAUGGAAAAACAAGUACCAAUCCUCGGCAUGUUCCCCUUCUCCUCGAUGCAGGCCGAGGUAGAAGCCGAGCCCGAACGUCCGUUCGUUGUAGAUAUCGGAGGAAACAGAGGGCAUUGCUUAGUUGCAAUUAAGAGCGAAGCUCCGAAUGGAUUUGGUGCCAAGAUGAUCUUGCAGGAUAGGGAAGAUGUCAUUGGGAGUUUGACAAAAGAAGAUAUACCAGGGAUUGAGACAAUGGUUUACGAUUUCUUCACUCCGCAACCCGUGAAAAACGCACACAUCUACUACCUCCGCCGCAUCCUACACGAUUUCUACGAACCCGUCUGCGUAAAACUCCUCAAGAAUAUCGCUAGCGCUAUGGGCCCUACGUCCCGCCUCAUCAUAGCUGACAUGAUAUUACCAGAUCGAACAGACAUGGCAGGGGAUAUGACGAUCUACUGGAUGGAUUUCUCGAUGAUGAUGUUGAAUGGGAAAGAGAAGACGAAAGCGGAGUUUGAGGAGAUUUUGAGCGAGGCGGGGAUGGAGAUUGUGAAGGUUUGGCCGUUUGCUUUCGGCACGCAGGCGAAUAUUGAGUGUAGGCUUAAGCGGGGGUAG